AUGGCCGAUUCACGAUCAUUCAAAGACAAAUAUCACCGGCUUCGAGAAAAGUACGAUGCUCUCAAUAAGCAAAGAGAUGAACUAAAACACAACCUUGAGUUGACAAAGCAAAAGGCGCGCAAACUAAAGGAGGAAAACAAUCGUUUACUUGACUUAAUGAUGGAUAUGAACCCUAGUCUUGUCGAUGACGCAUCUGGGAGUUCCUCUUCCGAAGACAUGGAUUUAUUAUUAGAUGCAUCAUCAGAUGAUGAUGCCAGCAUAACUGUACCGAGCCGAUACGAACAACCAAAACCUCCGACAAAGGAAUACAGAAGGAAAGUUUCACCACCAACAUCACGAAAAACCCGAACCUCUCCUCAGGAAACGCCGGUCGCUAGAACUUCUGGAAAACGCAAGCCGGAGGAUAAUGCCGGCGUUGAUGAAUCACCAACACCGAAACGUCGAAGAAAGGCCCCUGGCGUUAAAAAGAAGCGUGAUGAUCGUACGGAUGCUAAGAGAAUUGAGCCUUUGCCCAUGAACCCCGACAAAACGCUAAAAUUGCCGGUAACCAUUGGGAAGGGUACCAACGAAGUGACAAUAUUUAGAAUUGGUGAGAUAGUCUGGGACAGGGAAGCAUAUCAUACGAACCGAUACAUAUUUCCUGUUGGGUUUAUGAGUAAAAAGCAAUACCUGAGUGCCGUGGAUGUCACAAGGAGGACAACGUAUACCAGCGAGAUUUUAGACGGCGGAGACAAUCCGAUUUUUCAAGUGACCGCCGAGGAUCAGCCCGGUCGCAAGUUUUCCGCUAGUUCCUCUAGCGGUGUCUGGAAAAAGAUUCUUGACGAGAUUAAUAUUCAAGGUGUUCCUUCAAAGACGCACGCCAGUGGACCGGAAAUGCUUGGAUUGAGUCACCUGGGAAUCACAAAGUACAUUCAGGAACUACCCGGCGCGGAAAAAUGCACAAAGUAUGUGAUGCAACGUUGGAUCGAUGAUGAUCAACCAACAUCGAUUCCUCCUUCCAUCAAGAGCGAACGUAUAGAGGAAGAGGAUGACGAGGAGGAUGAUAAGUCGGCUGUAACGAAUGGUCAUGACCACUCUAAUCACCAAAUAAAACAAGAAACUAGCAGUUCCUGA